ACACAGGCCUUUGGCUCAGUCCUCUCUGCCAGUUUCUCCACUGUUCAACUCCUCUCUGUCUCCAGCAUGACCUGUGGUUUCAGCUCUGUGGGCUAUGGAUUUGGCCCCAGGAACUUCAGCUGCGCCUCGGCCUGUGGGCCCCGGCCAGGCCGCUGCUGCAUCUCCGCCGCCCCCUACCGCGGGGUCUCCUGCUACCGAGGCCUCACUGGGGGCUUCGGAAGCCGCAGCGUCUGCGGGGGCUUCCGCGCCGGCUCCUACGGAAGCAGUUUCGGAUACCGCUCUGGGGGCGUGUGUGGACCCAGCCCUCCCUGCAUCACCUCCGUGUCGGUCAACGAGAGCCUCCUCACACCCCUCAACCUGGAGAUCGACCCCAACGCCCAGUGCGUGAAGCAGGAGGAGAAGGAGCAGAUCAAGUGUCUCAACAGCAGGUUUGCUGCCUUCAUUGACAAGGUGCGCUUCCUGGAGCAGCAGAACAAGCUGCUGGAGACCAAGUGGCAGUUCUACCAGAACCGCCAGUGCUGUGAGAGCAACCUGGAGCCGCUGUUCAGUGGCUACAUCGAGACGCUGAGGCGGGAGGCCGAGUGUGUGGAGGCCGACAGCGGGAGGCUGGCCGCGGAGCUCAACCACGUGCAGGAGGUGCUGGAGGGCUACAAGAAGAAGUACGAAGAAGAAGUUGCACUUCGGGCCACCGCAGAGAAUGAGUUUGUGGCUCUAAAGAAGGAGGUGGACUGUGCCUAUCUGCGCAAGUCAGACCUGGAGGCCAACGUGGAGGCCCUGACCCAGGAGAUCGACUUCCUGCGGCGCCUGUAUGAAGAGGAAAUCCGCGUGCUCCACGCCCACAUCUCAGACACCUCAGUUGUGGUCAAGAUGGACAACAGUCGGGACCUGAACAUGGACUGUGUCAUUGCUGAGAUCAAGGCUCAGUACGACGACAUUGCCAACCGCAGCCGGACUGAGGCUGAGAGCUGGUACCGCAGCAAGUGUGAGGAGAUGAAGGCCACGGUCAUCAGGCACGGGGAGACCCUGCGGCGCACCAAGGAGGAGAUCAAUGAGCUGAACCGCAUGAUCCAGAGGCUGACGGCCGAGGUGGAGAACGCCAAGUGCCAGAACACCAAGCUGGAGGCCGCGGUGACCCAGUCUGAGCAGCAGGGCGAGGCUGCCCUGGCCGAUGCCCGCUGCAAGCUGGCAGGGCUGGAGGAGGCCCUGCAGAAGGCCAAGCAGGACAUGGCCUGCCUGCUCAAGGAGUACCAGGAGGUGAUGAACUCCAAGCUGGGCCUGGACAUCGAGAUCGCCACUUACCGGCGCCUGCUGGAGGGCGAGGAGCAGAGACUAUGUGAAGGCGUGGGAUCUGUCAAUGUCUGUGUCAGCAGCUCCCGUGGCGGAGUCGUCUGUGGGGACCUCUGCGUGUCUGGCUCCAGACCCGUGAUAGGCAACGCCUGCAGCGCCCCCUGCAAUGGGAACCUGGCGGUGAGCACAGGCUUGUGCGCCCCCUGUGGCCAGCUCAACACCAGCUGUGGAGGGAGAAGCUAGGCAGCCCCUGAGAGAAAGCCAGAGAAGCCCCUCUGCCUUCUGGGUGGAUGUGGAGUUGCUCCAGCCCCAGCUGAGAACACCAGCAAGACAGUAGCUUUUCCCUGUCGUGUUCUGAGAAUACACCACCCAAUUCAUUCCCACUAGCCCCUCCUCUUGCAAGGGGAUGCUGCCUGAGAAUGGACUCUUCCACUAGACUGACUCCCCUACCUCUCUGGCCACUUCUUUUCUCCUGUUUUUCCAAUAAAUUGGAGACCUGA